GCAUGUCAAAGUCAAGACGGGCCAUGAGUGAGGACCAGGAUAUGGAUUGUAACCCCCAUAACUCUCAUGUUGACAGGAGAUGGGACAGUCAGUUGUCAGUCCUCCCAGACAAGCUACAACAGAGACUGAUGCCAUUCCAAAAGGAGGGGGUCAAAUUCGCCCUAUCAAAGAAUGGAAGGUAGGUGGUUGUUAGUGAACUGGUUAUCAAUCAAUCCAAUUUAUUUAUAAAGUCCUUUUUACAUCAACAGUGUUGUCACAAAGUACUUUACAGUAACCCGGCCAAGGCCCCAAAUAGUAAGCAGAAGCACAGUUUAUGUGCUCACUAAGUCAUUUUACUUUCAAAGCAACAAAAAAUAGUUCCAAUUUGUAUUAACCCUGUAGCCUGAAUCACCUCAGCCUCACAGCAGAACAAAGGGCUGGCCAGAGCCAGACUACUCCCCCGUCAGUCCCAGCCAGUCAGCCAGCCAGUCAGUCAGUCAGUGGAUGUAAGAAUCCCGGGGGGCAGGCAGUCAGGUCAGAGGAGUCAGCCUGACGAUGUAGUGAUGAAGCAGUAGAUCAAUACAGGGACAGUAGAAGUGCUGUACUGUGAGGAUGGGUCAUCCAGUCAAUAUGUUGGAGGCAUCAAUGUGACAGUAAACACUAUCAGGGCUGUGUUGAGCUCUGUGUACGGUUUCUCCCUGGAGACUAGUGAUGCAAGCUGUUAGCAAUCAGGAGAGCAGGGCCAGGUACUGUGUUGGAGUUGUUGUAGUGGGACCAGAGGCUGAGGCAGAUCAGAGCAACACACACAUCGGCUGUCAAGGUUUGGUUUGUCUUUUAGGACACCGUCAGUGGACAGAGGUGGACAUGUUUGUAUUGAAGAACUCUAGUAAAUAGUUUAGAAAUUAUACUUCUAAUAGAGAAUCAGGUUGUUUGAUUGCCCAUCUCGCAUCAAUAUGUAGCCUGGUUUUGAAUUAAGGUGAUGCCAAUUUAUUUGUAAUAUUAAAAAUGCAAUUUAGAAAGGCUGGGAGCCUGAUACUAAUCUGCUUAUGAUAAUGUAGUGUCAGUUACAUUGCGAUCCACUCGGGCAUAAUGUCAGUUGGUUUAAAAAUUAAAUUUGAAUGAGGUUGUGCGAAGUACAUCACGUGUCAUCCAUCUAAAGUGUUAUUGUAAGUGUCUGCUGGGGCCACUUGUAAGGGUUGCCACGCCGACGCUGGUGUUACAACAGAUCAAUAGACAGACAGACUGUGUUGUUGCUUCUCCUACCUGAUCUUCAAAUUACUGUGAAAUUCAAUACCACAGCCAAUGUUGAUGUGCCCAUCAAAUCCCUGGACACCAACACAGGUCCCCAACACACAACUGGUCCCCGAUGAUGUUCUCCGUUCAGAUGUCAUGUGUGAUUUGUCUCAUCCUUAGCCAAUAGAUUUAAAGAUAUGACUUUAAAUACGUUUAAACUACCCCUCCUUAUUGUAUGAUAUAAACAGUGUUGGCAAUGUUGAAACAAAAAGGCAGAAAUUACACUUGUUUAAUUUGAGAUGGUGGUGUAUAGUCAGCCAGGCGUUUGCUUUGCUGAGCCAGACUAAGCAGAAACAGCUCUACAUCAAUUAUAAAGGCUGACAAAAUGCUAAUUCAUCAUUAUGCAUUGACGGGGAAAAUGCGAGAAGUAUGUAAAAUAGCUUUAUUUGCAUGCUGACGUAGGCCUAAUUCAUUACUUUGCUUAAUGAUCCUAGAACUUUAAGAUCUGAUAGGAUUAGUGAGGUGUGUUCCCAUAAUAAAAAAUAAAUAUAUUUUUAUGAGUUUACAAGUUUUUAAUGUUUUCACAUGCACAAGUACAGGGAAAUGCCUUUCUUACAAACUCUAAACCCAACAAUGCAGUAAUCAAUAACAAUGUAAUACUAAAAACAACAUAAGGUUGUUGAUAUUGAAAGAAAGGUACAGGUCCCAGAAAAAUAAUCCCACCACUCGAAUAGCCUACCUGCCCGUUGAUAAGCAAGCAUGAAUAAUAUUCAUGUAUGGUAAUGUCUGAGCCUCAGUCUUAGGUAGUCUAGUCUAUGCUCCAUUCAUUGAAAACAAGACAAAAGACUUAAAUGAUUGUGUGGAAGGUCAAAGACCCCGCCUCCAUCCCGGGAGGAAGAACUACGUUCACAAACACCUUGGUGCUGGUGGGUUUCACAGAUAACAUUAAAAAGUUGUUCAACGUGUUGUUGUCAAGCAACCGUGGCAGUCAGAGCAUCCUCCAGGAAACCAGCUGUCUGGCUGAGUGGGCGUCCUAUUCCCUAUAUAGUGAACUACUUUUGACCAGAGCCUUGGCUAAAAAGUAGUGCACUAAAUAGGGAAUAGGGUGCCUUUUGGGAUGCACCCAGGUUAUUGAAAGAAGAAUGAUUAAUGCGUGGAGAAAUGGUAAGCACCUGCCUGAACGGAGCCUCUCUUUCUCCCCUCUCUCUCUCUCCUUAUCUCUCUCUCAAUCUCUCGCUCUCUCCCUCCCUCUCUCUACUCCCAUUGUGUGCGUAUGCAUUAUGCUGGUUGAGCAGAGUGGGCAGGCAAUUAGAAGAAACACCAGUGGAAGGUGUACAUUAAUCAUGCUGUUCAACUGAAGGGUAAAAUCUGGGAGGGGAGGUAGGGGGAUCAGAACUGCUUUUCUCAUGGGUAGACUAGCUCUGACUACAUUGUGUUACAUUUUGCAUACCACAUCUCACGAUCAUGGCAGACUGGUGUUGCCUACCUGUGUUACAUUUUACAUUAGAGUAAUUUAACAGAUGCUCUUAUCCAAAGAGACUUACAAUCAGUCCCUUCUACAGAAGAAGCCAAAACAGCCGUGAUCAUGAUCAUUAGGAGUAACCUAAAACUAUUUCAAUAUACAGUGCAUUCGGAAAGUAUUCAGACCCCUUGACUUUUUCCACAUUUUGUUAUGUAACAGCCUUGUUCUAAAAUUGAUUAAAUGUUUUUUUUUCCCUCAUCAAUCUAGUAAUAGUAGUAAUAUGCCACUUAGCAGACGCUUUUAUCCAAAGCGACUUACAGUCAUGCGUGCAUACAUUUUUGUGUAUGGGUGGUCCCGGGGAUCGAACCCACUACCCUGGCGUUACAAGCGCUGUGCUCUACCAGCUAAGCUACAGAGGACCACACACAAUCUACACACAAUACCCCAUAAUGACAAAGCAAAAACUGGUUUUUAGAAAUGUUUGCAAAUGUAUUAAAAAUAAAAAAAACGGAAAUAUCACAUUUACAUAAGUAUUCAGACCCUUUACUCAGUACUUUGUUGAAGCACCUUUGGCGGCGAUUACAGCCUCGAGUCUUGGCACACCUGUAUUUAGGGAGUUUCUCCCAUUCUUCUCUGCAGAUCCUCUCAAGCUCUGUCAGGUCGGAUGGGGAGCGUCGCUGCACAGCUAUUUUCAGGUCUCUUCAGAGUUGUUAGAUCGGGUUCAAGCCCAGGCUCUGGCUGGGCCACUCAAGAACAUUCAGAGACUUGUCCUGAAGCCACUCCUGCGUUGUCUUGGCUGUGUGCUUAGGGUCGUUGUCCUGUUGGAAGGUGAACCUUCGCCCCAGUCUGAGGUCCUGAGCGCUCUGGAGCAGGUUUUCAUGAAGGAUCUCUCUGUACUUUGCUCUGUUCAUCUUUCCCUCGAUCCUGACUAGUCUCCCAGUCCAUGCCGCUGAAAAACCUCCCCGCAGCAUGAUGCUGCCACCACCAUGCUUCACAGUAGGGAUGGUGCCAGGUUUCCUCCAGACGUGACACUUGGCAUUCAGGCCAAAGAGUUCAAUCUUGGUUUCAUCAGACCAGAGAAUCUUGUUUCUCAUGGUCUGAGAGUCCUUUAGGUGCCUUUUGGCAAACUCUAAGCGGGCUGUCGUGCCUUUUACUGAGGAGUGGCUUCCGUCUGGCCACUCUACCAUAAAGGCCUGAUUGGUGGAGUGCUGCCGAGAUGGUUGUCCUUCUGGAAGGUUCUCCCAUCUGCACAGAGGAACUCUGGAGCUCUGCCAGUGACCAUCGGGUUCUUGGUCACCUUUCUGACCAAGGCCCUUCUCCCCCGAUUGCUCAGUUUGGGUGGGCGUCCAGCUCUAGGAAGAGUCUUGGUGGUUCCAAACUUCUUCCAUUUAAGAAUGAUGGAGGCCACUGUGUUCUUGGGGACCUUCAAUGCUGCAGAAAUGUUUGGUACCCUUCCCCAGAUCUGUGCCUCGACACAAUCCUGUCUCGGAACUCUACGGACAAUUCCAUCGACCUCAUGGCUUGGUUUUUGCACUGACAUGCACUGUCAACUUUGGGACAGGUGUGUGCCUUUCCAAAUCAUGUCCAAUCAAUUGAAUUUACCACAGGUGGGCUCCAAUCAAGUUGUAGAAACAUCUAUAGUAUGAUUAAUGGAAACAGGAUGCACCUGAGCUCAAUUUCGAGUCUCAUAGCAAAGGGUCUGAAUACUUAUGUAAAUAAGGUAUUUCUGUUUUUUAUUUUUAAUACAUUUGCAAACAUUUCUAAAAACCUGUUUUCGUUUUGUCAUUAUGGGGUAUUGUGUGUAGAUUGAUGAGGAAAACAAUUAUUUAAUCCAUUUUAGAAUAAGGCUGUAACGUAAGAAAAUGUGGGGAAGGGGUCUGAAUACUUUCUGAAUGCACUGUAGCUACUAUCUGAAAAAUAAGUGCUAGAAAGAGUGUUGGUGUUAACUGUUAUGAACAGGGAGAGGUGGAUAAAGCCUGUUUUGUAAAGGGUGGUGGGAACGGUUAUGAACAGGGAGGUGUGGAUAAAGCCUGUUUUGUAAAGGGUGGUGGGAACGGUUAUGAACAGGGAGGUGUGGAUAAAGCCUGUUUUGUAAAGGAGGGUGGAGGGAACAGGCUAACAGCUUAUAACCUUGUGAGCAGGGUAAUAAAACUGUCAUCAUUGAUCUGUGGAGCAUCGUUACACUUAGAAUUGCAAAGGGGGGAAGCUUUGGUGUGAUUAUUUUUUGAGUGGCAGUGGCUCUAUUGUGUCCAACUGAUGGACAGACCUGAAUGGAAAUCAUACCUCUUAUUUGUGCUGAUAUUGCUUAUGUCAUAAUACAUUUAGCAAUAUCAACAUGAUUCUUAGUUUGAAGUGGUGACCAUAGACUAGGCUAUAUUGUUACUGCACAUUCAGUAGUCUAUACAUACAAACACUACAGUGCCUUCACAAAGUAUUCAUACCCCUUGACUUACAUUUUGUUGUGUUACAGCCUGAAUUCAAAAUGGAUUUUUUUCUCUCACCCAUCUACACACAAUACCCCAUAAUGACAACGUGAAAAUAUGUUUUUAGAAUUUAACAAAUAUGUUGAAAUUAAAAUACAAUACAGAUCUUAUUGACAUAACUAUUCACAUCCCUGAGUCAAUACUUUGUAGAAGCACCUUUGGCGAUGAUUACAGUUUUGAGUCAUCUUGGGUAUGUAUAUCAGCUUUGUACAUCUGGAUUUUGGAAUUUUCUCCCAUUCUUCCUUGCAGAUUUUCUCAAGCUCUGUUAAGUUAGAUGGGGAGUGGUGGUGGUGAACAGCAAUCUUCAAGUCUUUCCACAGACUUUCAAUGGGAUUCAAGUCUGGGCUUUGGCUGGGCCACUCAAGUACUUUCACGUUCUUGUUCUGAAGCCAUUCCAGUGUUGCUUUGGCUAUAUGCUUGGGGUCAUUGUCCUGUUGGAACGUAAUUAUUUGCCGCAGUGUGAGGUCAUUUGCACUCUGAAGCAGGUUCUCAAGGAUUUGCCUGUAUUUGACUCCAUUCAUUGUUCCCUCUAUCCUUACCAGUCUCCCAUCCCCAUAGCAUGAUGCUGCCACUACUAUGCUUCACCGUAGGGAUUGUGUUAGACGGGUGAUGAGCUGUGCCUGGUUUUCUCCAGACAUAGUGCUUUGCAUUCAGGCCAGAGUAAAAUUGUCUGAUCAGACCAAAUAAUCUUUGGUCAUAUGCCUUUUUCUCAGGAGUGGCUUCCGUCUGGCCACUCUCCCAUAAAGCCCAGAUUGGUGAAGUGCUGUAUAGACUGUUGUCCUUCUGGCAGGUUCUCCCAUCUCAGCCAGGGAACUCUGUAGUAACGUCAGAGUGGUCAUUGGGUUUUUGGUCACCUCCCUGACCAAGGUCCUUCUUGUCCGGUUGUUCAGUUUGGUAGGACAGCCAGCUCUAGGCAGAGUCUGGGUACUUCCAUAUUUUUCAAUUUCCCAAUGAUGGAGACCACUGUGCUCUUGGAAACUUUCAACACUCUAGAAAUGGUUUUCUACCCUUCCCCAGAUAUACGCCUCAUCACAAUUCUAUCUCGGAGAUCUACAGACAGUUCCUUGGACUUCAUGGUAUAGUUUCUGCUCUGACGUGCUGUCAACUGUGGGACCUUUAUAUAGACAGGUGUGUUUCUUUCUAAAUCAUGUCCAAACAAUUGAAUUGGCCACAGGUGGACUCCAAUCAAGUUGUCUCAUGGAGGAUCAAAGGAAAUUGGAUACACCUGAGCUCAAUUUGGAGUGUCAUAGCAAAGGGGUGUGAAUACUUACACUACCAGUCAAAAGUUUGGACACGUACUCGAUCAAGGGUUUUUCUUUAUUUUUUACUAUUUUCUACAUUGUAGAAUAAUAGUGAAGACAUCAAAACUAUGAAAUAAAACCUAUGAAAUCAUGUAAUAACCAAAAAAGUGUUAAACAAAUCAAAAUAUAUUUUAUAUUUGAGUUUCUUCAAAGUAGCCACCCUUUGCCUUGAUGACAGCUUUGCACACUAUUGGCAUUCUCUCAACCAGCUUCAUGAGGUAGUCACCUGGAAUGCAUUAAAAUAACAGGUGUGCCUUGUUAAAAGUUAAUUUGUGGAAAUUCUUUCCUUCUUAAUGCGUUUGAGCCAAUCAGUUGUGUUGUGACAAGGUAGGGGUGUUAUACAGAAGAUAGCCCUAUUUGGUAAAAGACCAAGUCCACAUUAUGGCAAGAACAGCACAAAUAAGCAAAGAGAAACGACAGUCCAUCAUUACUUUAAGACAUAAAGGUCAGUCAAUCCGGAAAAUUUCAUGAACUCAAAACCCAUCAAGCACUAUGAUGAAACUUGCUCUCAUGAGGGCCGCCACAGGAAAGGAAGACCCAGAGUUACCUCUGCUGCAGAGGAUAAGUUCAUUAGAGUUACCAGCCUCAGAAAUUGCAGCCCAAAUAAAUGCUUCACAGAGUUCAAGUAACAGACACAUCUCAACAUCAACUGUUCAGAGGAGACUGUGUGAAUCAGGCCUUCAUGGUCGAAUUGCAGCAAAGAAACCAUUACUAAAGGACACCAAUAAUAAUAAGAGACUUGCUUGGGCCAAGAAACACAAGCAAUGGACAUUAGACCGGUGGAAAUGUGUCCUUUGGUCUGGAGUCCAAAUUUGAGAUUUUUGGUCCCAACCGCCGUGUCUUUGUGAAACGCAGUGUAGGUGAACAGAUGAUAUUUUACCAUGAUGGAGUGCUGCAUCAGAUGACCUGGCCUCCACACUCCCCCGACCAACAAGUGUUCAGCAUAUGUGGGAACUCCUUCAAGACUGUUGGAAAAGCAUUCCAGGUGAAGCUGGUUGAGAGAAUGCCAAGAGUGUGCAAAGCUGUCAUCAAGGCAAAGGGUGGCUAUUUGAAGAAUCUCAAAUAUAACAUAUAUUUUGAUUUGUUUAACACUUUUUUGGUUUACCAAGAUUUGACGGUACAUGGCCCCGUCCAUCGUCCCUUUGAUGCGGUGAAGUUGUCCUGUCCCCUUAGCAGAAAAACACCCCCAAAGCAUAACGUUUCCACCUCCAUGUUUGACGGUGGGGAUGGUGUUCUUGGGGUCAUAGGCAGCAAUCCUCCUCCUCCAAACACGGUGAGUUGAGUUGAUGCCAAAGAGCUCGAUUUUGAUCUCAUCUGACCACAACACUUUCACCCAGUUCUCCUCUGAAUCAUUCAGAUGUUCAUUGGCAAACUUCAGACGGCCUGUAUAUGUGCUUUCUUGAGCAGGGGGACCUUGCGGGCGCUGCAGGAUUUCAGUCCUUCACGGCGUAGUGUGUUACCAAUUGUUUUCUUGGUGACUAUGGUCCCAGCUGCCUUGAGAUCAUUGACAAUAUCCUCCCGUGUAGUUCUGGGCUGAUUCCUCACCGUUCUCAUGAUCAUUGCAACUCCACGAGGUGAGAUCUUGCAUGGAGCCCCAGGCCGAGGGAGAUUGACAGUUAUUUUGUGUUUCUUCCAUUUGCGAAUAAUCGCACCAACUGUUGUCACCUUCUCACCAAGCUGCUUGGAGAUGGUCUUGUAGCCCAUUCCAGCCUUGUGUAGGUCUACAAUCUUGUCCCUGACAUCCUUGGAGAGCUCUUUGGUCUUGGCCAUGGUGGAGAGUUUGGAAUCUGAUUGAUUGAUUGCUUCUGUGGACAGGUGUCUUUUAUACAGGUAACAAGCUGAGAUUAGGAGCACUCCCUUUAAGAGUGUGCUCCUAAUCUCAGCUCGUUACCUGUAUAAAAGACACCUGGGAGCCAGAAAUCUUUCUGAUUGAGAGGGGGUCAAAUACUUAUUUCCCUCAUUAAAAUGCAAAUUAAUUUAUAACAUUUGACAUGCGUUUUUCUGGAUUUUUGUUGUUGUUAUUCUGUCUCUCACUGUUCAAAUAAACCUACCAUUAAAAUUAUAGACUGAUCAUUUCUUUGUCAGUGGGCAAACGUACAAAAUCAGCAGGGGAUCAAAUACUUUUUUCCCUCACUGUACCUUAAAUAGCUCGUACCUCUACACAUUGAUCUGGUACUGGUACUCCCUGUAUAUAAAUCCAUUCUUGUGUAUAUUAUUUUAUUCCUCUUGUGUUAAAUUUUUUUAUUUUUUAUGAUACUUUUUAAAACUCUAUAUCGUUGGGAAGGGCUCGUAAGCAAUCAUCACACGUUAAAGUCUACACCAGUUGUAUUCGGCGCAUGUGACAAAUACAUUUUGAUUUGAUUUGAUUGCUAGUGCAAUAUUGUAUGAAUACAGUAAGUAUUCUAUGUCCUCCAUUCUCAACUCCCUUCAUUCUCUGUUUCAGGUGUAUGAUCGCAGAUGAGGUAAGCCGCAAAGCACACACACAACCCAACACCCCAGUCCUAUCAAAUCUAUUCUCCAAAAAUAAUUAUCUGGGAUAUAUGCUCAUUUAAGAAACCUUCCUAGCCAUAUAAUCAUUUCUGACACCAGGUCAUUCUAGAAUCUAUUGGUGUCUCAGAAUCUCACGAACACUCCGUCACAUGCUAUUUACUUACUGUUGAGCCAAGCAAUGAUUUGUGUUUGGUUUCUUUGUUUUUUAAAAUGAGUUUUCAUCUAUGAUAUAUGUACAUCAUUGUUUUCAUCCUCCAUAUUGCAUUGUUAAUCUGCUUCUCCAGAUGGGUCUAGGGAAGACGGUGCAGGCUAUCUCUGUGGCAUACGCCUACAGACAGGAGUGGCCUCUUCUCAUCGUGGUGCCCUCCUCUCUAAAGUACCCCUGGGUGGAGGAGAUGGAGAGGUGGAUCCCUGAGCUCAACCCUGGAGAUAUUCAUCUGGUGGAGACCAAAAGUGACACACUGUACGUUACCCCAUUUUAACUUCACCUGUACCUGGUCUGCUUUUCUUACCCAACUUGGUAGUGGUCCUGGUUUCCCUACUGAAGUUCUCCACCAUUUUAAAAUGCAGGUUAGUGUUUUUCAUCAUGGAUCUUGUUCUGGAGGCACCUCUGCAGAGUGGUCACUAACUGGCACAGUCACAAAGUCAUACAAUCUGAUUUUAACCCUAACCCUAACCACACUGCUAACCCUAAUGCCUCUAACCCUAACCUUAACCACACUGCUAACCCUAAUGCCUCUAACCCUAACCUUAACCACACUGCUAACCCUAAUGCCUCUAACCCCAACCUUAACCACACUGCUAACCCUAAUGCCUCUAACCCUAACCUUAACCACACUGCUAACCCUAAUGCCUCUAACCCUAACCACACUGCUAACCCUAAUGCCUUUAACCCUAACCUUAACCACACUGCUAACCCUAAUGCCUCUAACCCUAACCACACUGAUAACCCUAAUGCCUCUAACCCUAACCUUAACCACACUGCUAACCCUAAUGCCCAACCCUAACCUUAACCACACUGCUAACCCUAAUGCCUCUAACCCUAACCACACUGCUAACCCUAAUGCCUUUAACCCUAACCACACUGCUAACCCUAAUGCCUCUAACCCUAACCUUAACCACACUGCUAACCCUAAUGCCCAACCCUAACCUUAACCACACUGCUAACCCUAAUGCCUUUAACCCUAACCACACUGCUAACCCUAAUGCCUCUAACCCUAACCUUAACCACACUGCUAACCCUAAUGCCUCUAACCCUAACCUUAACCACACUGCUAACCCUAAUGCCUUUAACCCUAACCUUAACCACACUGCUAACCCUAAUGCCUCUAACCCUAACCUUAACCACACUGCUAACCCUAAUGCCUCUAACCCUAACCUUAACCACACUGCUAACCCUAAUGCCUUUAACCCUAACCUUAACCACACUGCUAACCCUAAUGCCUUUAACCCUAACCUUAACCACACUGCUAACCCUAAUGCCUCUAACCCUAACCUUAACCACACUGCUAACCCUAAUGCCUCUAACCUUCAAUUAAGACCAAAAAGCUCAUUUUUCUUUUCAUGACUUUUUACAACAGUACAACAUUUUGACUUUGCAGCUGGUAUGUCUAAGGGGAAAUAUUUCAGUUCUGCCUCCUGGACAAGACUCUUGACAAUAAACGUCAACCUGCAAUUAAAUUUGAAAAUGUGCAAAUUGAUAUUUUCAUUCCCGCUAAAUGAAUUUAUAUUUUCUCAAUCAAUUUAGUUCAAGUUGACAGUAUCAGUACAGCAUCAGUCAAUGUUUUCACUGUUCGAGAUUAUUGAUCAUCUGUGUGUCUGUCUGUCUGUCUGUCCACUCUACUGGGGCAUCAGCAGUAAGGUAACAGUGUUGGGUUACGGGCUGCUCACCACAGACCCAUUAUAACACACUAUAACCCAUACAUAACACAUUAUAACCCUCUGUGUGUCUGUUAUACUGGGGCAUCAGCAGUAAGGUAACAGUGUUGGGUUAUGGGCUGCUCACCACAGACCCAUUAUAACACACUAUAACCCAUACAUAACACAUUAUAACCCUCUGUGUGUGUGUUAUACAGGGGCAUCAGUAGCAGUAAGGUAACAGUGUGGGUUACAGGGCUGCUCACCACAGACCCAUGAUAACACAACUAUAACCCAUACAUAACACAUUAUAACCCUCUGUGUGUCUGUUAUACAGGGGCAUCAGUAGCAUAAGUGUAACAGUGUUGGGUUACGGCUGCUCACCACAGACCCAUUAUAACACACUAUAACCCAUACAUAACACAUUAUAACCCUCUGUGUCUGUUAUACAGGGGCAUCAGUAGCAGUAAGGUACAGUGUUGGGUUACGGGCUGCUCACCACAGACCCAUUAUAACACUAUAACCCUACAUAACUCAUUAUAACCCUCUGUGUCUGUUAUACAGGGGCAUCAGUAGCAGUAAGGUACAGUGUUGGGUUACGGUGCUCACCACAGACCCAUUAUAACACACUAUAACCAUACAUAACACAUUAUAACCCUCUGUGUGUGUGUUAUUCAGGGGCAUCAGAUAGCAGUAAGUAACAGUGUUGGGUUACGGGCUGCUCACCACAGACCCAUUAUAACACACUAUAACCUACAUAACACAUUAAACCCUCUGUGUGUCGUUAUACAGGGGACAGUAGCAGUAAGGUAACAGUGUUGGGUUACGGGCUGCUCACCACAGACCAUUAUAACACACUAUAACCCAUACAUAACACAUUAAACCUCUGUGUGUCGUUAUACAGGGGCAUCAGUAGCAGUAAGGUAACAGUGUUGGGUUACGGGCUGCUCACCACAGACCCAUUAUACACACUAUAACCAUACAUAACACAUUAUAACCUCUGUGUGUCUGUUAUACAGGGGCAUCAGUAGCAGUAAGGUAACAGUGUUGGGUUACGGGCUGCUCACCACAGACCCAUUAUAACACACUAUAACCCAUACAUAACACAUUAUAACCCUCUGUGUGUCUGUUAUACAGGGGCAUCAGUAGCAGUAAGGUAACAGUGUUGGGUUACGGGCUGCUCACCACAGACCCAUUAUAACACACUAUAACCCAUACAUAACACAUUAUAACCCUCUGUGUGUCUGUUAUACAGGGGCAUCAGUAGCAGUAAGGUAACAGUGUUGGGUUACGGGCUGCUCACCACAGAACCAUUAUAACACACUAUAACCCAUACAUAACACAUUAUAACCCUCUGUGUGUCUGUUAUACAGGGGCAUCAGUAGCAGUAAGGUAACAGUGUUGGGUUACGGGCUGCUCACCACAGACCCAUUAUAACACACUAUAACCCAUACAUAACACAUUAUAACCCUCUGUGUGUCUGUUAUACAGGGGCAUCAGUAGCAGUAAGGUAACAGUGUUGGGUUACGGGCUGCUCACCACAGACGCACGCCCCCUAGUGGAGGCUCUGACCAGACAGAGGUUUAAUGUGGUGGUGGUGGAUGAAUCCCACUACCUCAAGUCCAGGAACGCAGCCAGGACCAAGAUACUGGUACCACUCAUCCAGAACGCCAAGCGGGCCAUCCUACUAACGGGCACCCCGGCCCUGGGACGACCAGAGGAGGUACGGUUCCCCCAAAGGUCCAAAGGUCCAAACACACGCCAUCCCCCAAUCAUACAUUUAUUUUCUGUUCUAUUCUAUUCUGACAUUUCAACCAGCUUGGCCAGCUGGGGUCCUAUACAUUCAAUUUGUCUGCCUUAAGUAUUUUACAGACACAGAUAUGUAUUGAACCUGUCUGUACCUAGAGGAAGCCUGAAGGGCUGGUUGAAUACAGAUGGUCUGGGAUUUAAAGGGUCUAGAAACAUUGUGGCACUUUAAAAUGGCACACACACACACAAACACACACACACACACACAGACACACACACACAUACAAAGACACAGACACACACACACACACACACCACAGAGCCCGUGCCAGAGAACCUGCAUCCCUUCCUUCCUUCCACCCACGCAUCACUAUUGUUCACUACACCAAACCUUUCAUUUCCCUGUGUAGCAGCACAGUAUUCACAGUAUUCUUGGCUCCACUGUGCUGCUGCAGUGCUUUGAUUAGGACAUUUACAGUGGCUGUAGUUAUUCACAUGGCUGCUGCCUGAAAAGCUCAAUUUGAAUAAUGGCCCAUUAUUAUCAUCAUGGCAGAAAUGUUCCGUUUAGUGCAUUGAAGAGUGAUGAUGGAGGGGGCAGAACAGAACUGCCACAACUCACACACACACACACAUUACAUUUCCCUUAAUUAUGUUUCCGCAGCUCUUUAUGCAGAUAGAUGCCCUCUAUCCUAGGAUGUUUGGAACGUGGAGUGACUACGCCAAACAAUACUGUAACGCUCACUACAGGUAACGCCCUACACACACACACACACACACACACACACACACACACACACACACAGCAGUGUGUACAUACUGGGCAUUAGCAUAAUGACCCUGCAGACAGACAGACAGACCCAAACCCCAUUAUCUGUCCCUCCCAGGUUCUUUGGUAACAGGAGACAAUGGGACUGUCGUGGUGCCUCUCAUCUGGAGGAGCUCCACCAGCGUCUCAGUGAGAUCAUGAUCCGGAGGCUGAAGGCCCAGGUCCUCCCCCAGCUACCCCCCAAAAUACGCCAGCGCAUCCCAUUCGACCUGCCCAAAGACGCUGCCAAGGUAAUGGACGGACCGACAGGCAGACAGACAGAAACACACACAGACUGACAAACGGACGGACGGACGGACUCCUCUGAGCAGGAGACAGAGGGAAUAUAUAGCAGGGGACAGGGGGGAAUAUAUAGCAGGGGACAGGGGGAAUAUAUAUCAGGAGACAGGGGGAAUAUAUAGCAGGAGACAGGGGGAAUAUAUAGCAGGAGACACAGGGAAUAUAUAUCAGGAGACGGGGAAUAUAUAUCAGGAGACAGGGGGAAUAUAUAGCAGGAGACAGGGGGAAUAUAUAGCAGGAGACAGGGGGAAUAUAUAGCAGGAGACAGGGGGAAUAUAUAGCAGGAGACACAGGGAAUAUAUAUCAGGAGACGGGGAAUAUAUAUCAGGAGACAGGGGGAAUAUAUAGCAGGAGACAGGGGGAAUAUAUAGCAGGAGACGGGGAAUAUAUAGCAGGAGACGGGGAAUAUAUAGCAGGAGACAGAGGGAAUAUAUAGCAGGAGACAGAGGGAAUAUAUAGCAGGAGACAGGGGGCGCUGAAUAUUCUGAAUAUAUCCCUCAUUAUUAUCAUCUCUCUCUUUCACACUUCCCCACCCUCCCUCUCUCUCUCCCUCUCUCUCUCUCUCUCUCCCUCUCUCCCAUCCUGUUGCUCGGCAAUAGUAUCCAAUUUACACUAAUUAUCAUUUUAUCUCCCAUUGCCAUAUGGUUUUUAUUUCAGUCUUGCCCUUUUCCGUUCAUAAGUAAAGUAGCCUUUCAUAGUGAUCAGGACUAGCUGUCUGUUCUAUACAACUGAAUUCAUAUUCAAACAUUAGCCAGUUAAUUUCCAUCAUAUCUGUAUUUUGUGGGCUCUUUUAUCCAUGAUGAGCUCUGUGGGCAGUAUACUCUGUUCUAUACCCUGUGAGCUCUCUACCCUGUGAGCUCUCUACCCUGUGAGCUCUAUACCCUGUGAACUCUACCCUGUGAGCUCUAUAGCUCUAUACCCUGUGAGCUCUAUAAACUCUGUGUGUGAACUCCAUAAUCUCUGAACUAGCCUCUGUGUGAGCUCUCUAGUCUAGUGUGUAAACUCUACUCUGUGAGCUCUAUACCCUGUGAGCUCUAUACCUUGUGAGCUCUAUACCCUAUGAGCUCUAUACCCUGUGAACUCUAUACCCUGUGAGCUCUAUAGCUCUAUAUCAUGUGAGCUCUAUACCCUGUGAGCUCUAUACCCUGUGAGCUCUAUAGCUCUAUACCCUGUGAGCCCUAUACCCUACGAGCUCUAUACCCUACGAGCUCUAUACCCUGUGAGCUCUAUACUCGGUGAGCUCUAAACUCUGUGCUCUCUAUACUCUGUGAGCUCUAUAUCAUGUGAGCUCUAAACUGUGAGCUCUAUACUCUGAGCUCUAUACUCGGUGUGCUCUAUACUCUGUGAGCUCUGUAAACUCUGUGUGUGUGAACUCCAUAAUCUCUGAACUAGUCUCUGUGUGAGCUCUCUAGUCUAGUGUGUAAACUUUACUCUGUGAGCUCUAAACUCUGUGAGCUCCAGCCUCUGUGUGCCCUCCGUCCUCCGCUACGCUCCUCUCCUCUCUGUGCUGCUGUAUAAGCCUGAAGUAAUGAGGUAGAACUCAUCCUCUCAUUCUCUCCUCCUCUGUUCCCUCCGUCAGCCAGAGGAAUGCAUGGCCAGCACAUUCCCUCUUUUCGCUCUCUCUCUCUGAUCUCUCUCUCUCAGUACAAAGAGACCUCACCUGCUGCUGCGCUCCAUAAAUCACACGCUGUCAACACACAGACAUACACACACACAUACUGAAUGUAUGCAGUCAGUGUGAAUGAAGGAAUAUGCAUGUAUGGGGUUUAUCUAUGUCUAAAUAUCAUAAUAUAUGGCUUGUCUUUUUAUUUACAUACCAAAGAUAAGGUGACAUGUAUGUGACUGCAUCUUAUACAUGCAAAUGUGUUUUGCCCCAGAUCUGUGCAAUUCAAAUGUAUCUAUCUGGUGUAUAUGUUGUCCUCUCAGAGCUGCUUCAUACUGCCUUUCUACAGUAACUCCCCUAAAUACUCCUUCAUACUGCCUUUCUACAGUAACUCCCCUAAAUACUCCUUCAUACUGCCUUUCUACAGUAACUCCCCUAAAUACUCCUUCAUACUGCCUUUCUACAGUAACUCCCCUAAAUACUCCUUCAUACUGCCUUUCUACAGUAACUCCCCUAAAUACUCCUUCAUACUGCCUUUCUACAGUAGGUCCCCUAAAUACUCCUUCACUUCAUACUGCCUUUCUACAGUAACUCCCCUAAAUACUCCUUCAUACUGCCUUUCUACAGUAGGUCCCCUAAAUACUCCUUCAUACUGCCUUUCUACAGUAACUUCCCUAAAUACUCCUUCAUACUCCCUUUCUACAGUAGCUCCCCGAAAUACUCCUUGUGUUUCACCUUGAGAGCAGACUGUGUGUGUGAUGUAUUAUAUUGGGCUAGUGCGUUCUCCAUCUUCAACCUCCCCUUGUCACAAUCCAGCUAUAAUUGGGCUAGCCCAUGUGACCUACCUAGACACUACUGACUGUAGGGGAGGAGAGGAGAGGAGAGGAGAGGAGGGGAGGGGAGAGGAGAGGAGAGAAGAUGGGAGAGGAAGAGGGUAGAGCAUGGAGAGGAGAGGACGGGGGAGGAGAGGGACGAGGAGAGGAGAGAAGAGGGAGGGGAGGAGAGGAGAGGGGAGAGGAGAGGAGAGGAGAGGAGAGGAGAGGAGAGAGAGGGAGGAGAGGAGAGGAGCAGUGUCUUUGGGAAUUGUCUUCUCCUCCUUUCUCUCCACAGCAACAUGUUCUGCCCUUAUAGCUGCAAACAGAGAAGAGGGGAAAGCAGGGUGAAAAAGAAAGAAAGAGACAGGCCUUUUGACACAGAGGUGUGUGUGUGUGUGUGUGUGUGUGUGUGUUUGUGUACAGGAGGCGAGCAGCAGCUUGGAGGAGUGGGAGCACCUGAUGAGGACGAUGGGAUCGGGGGUCUCUGCCACGGACAACCCCUUUACUGAAGUCAUGGGGCUUGUGACACGCAUGUACAAACAGACUGCCAUCGCUAAGGUACAGUGUACACACACACACACACACACACACACACACACACACACCAGGCCCUCAAUGUGUCACUCUCCUCUUAACCCCCUGCCUGGCCCAGCACUUCUGCACCAUUCUAGAAAAGGGCCUUCCUCCUCUCUCUCUCUCUCUCUCUCUCUCUCUCUCUCUCUCUCUCCGCUCUCUCUCUGUCUCUCUCUCUCUCUCUGCUUCACAUUACUCAGAGCACAUCGCCAUGGGAACAGAGUGAAGGUCUGCCACCCCUUAGUGAAAGCAUUCUGGCUGGCCAUCAUAACUCUGGACAGCCAUAACUGUGGCCUUUCAAUUUCUGUUUUUUCUUCUAAAGUAAACCUUUUCAACACAGCACACCGAACCCAAAUAUAGCUGAACCUUUCCAAGGUGUUAUUUCUAAUGUGGUUGCCAUGGUAACACCGGCAGGCGAGAAGUCAGCCGUUAACUUCCAGGUUGACUUUAAGAGGCUGUUCAGUGAAGGAAGCUGGCUUGGUACGCUGGAUACAAACGUUUUAAAACAGAAAAUGGAAAACAAGCACAGAUAGUACCUCCUCUGUUUCGCUCCGUUUUGGACAGUUUUCUUUUGUUUGGUGUCUAACUGAACACGACCCAGGCACCUCUGUAAUAAGGGUCCUGCACCAAGGUUAACAAAGCCACAGACAGCCUCAGCCUGCUGAAUGUAAUCAGUGGAGAUAUCCUUCCUCACCGGUUGGCUUGUUUGGCUCCGUCUUGUUUGUUGAUUGAAUUUUCGCUCAGUUUCCCUUCCUCCUCCGCUUGAUUAAAGUUCACCGUUGCGUCGCUGUAGAAGUGUCAUCCUCCUGUCUCAUUUUCCUCGCCCUUCGCUUUUGGCUGCCGCUGCACACACUCUGACAGAAAAUAACUUUUUUUGGGGCAAGUGGAUACACACACACACACACACACACACAACUCAUGUCACUUCUGAAGCGUAUGUGAAUGCCUGGCGAGGCGACCAUGGAUGCAUCCCAAAUGGCACCCUAUUCCCUAUAUAGUGCACUACUUUUGAUAGUGCUCUACUUUUGUCCAGAGCUCCAUGGACGCUGGUCAAAAGCAGUGCGCUAUAUAGGGAAAAGGGUGCCAUUUUGGGACACAGUUUGGCAGUGCGGAGGGGGACAGGGUUUUUAUUUUUACCCCAUCUACCAGCAGCAGCAGAUGCUCCCAAUUACCCAGAAACCCUGCUGCCUCUGAUGAUGGACUUUAAAGAGAGAUAACAUAUCACUGCUUCGGUGGACAGGAAGUUUGUGUUGCACUAAUUAAACUUCUGCGGAGUUAAAACCAACCCAGCAACCCAGUAAUGAGAAGUUCCCAUUAGCAGAUAGAGAAGGGGGCUUCUAGCUAGACCUGCUUAGACCUACUUUCAUUAUUCCCCUCUGAGAGGAAAGGCUUUCUGGUAAUUAACAGUCCAAGUCUCUAGGUGAGAGAGGAGACAGGUGAGAGAGGUGUAAAGUCCAAGAGGUGUGUGGCAUGUGGAGAGCAGGUGUGUGUGUGUGUGUGUGUGUGUGUGUGUGUGUGUGUGUCGUACAAGUGGUCCUUCGAGACAAAUAUAUGUGAAGUCUGAAUAUGUCUCUCAUAGCAAUUCAUGAUUCAUUCCCUUCCUUUCCAUUGGUUGAUUUCCCCUGCAUGGCCUUCCAUAGAGAUGUAUUCUAAUACGUUCUUAUUGUGUUUCUAUUGACCUUCCUCUGUGGUCUCCUCCUAUAGGCCGGAGCAGUGAAAGACUACAUAAAGAUGCUGCUGGAGACUGAGAAGUUAAAGUUCCUGGUGUUCGCUCAUCACCUGACCAUGCUGCAGGCCUGUACCGAGGCUGUCAUCGAAGCCAAGGUAACUGUUGUUCACUCAUCACAACUAAUGCACAUGCACACCACUGUUCAUCAGGCCCUUCUAUCACAAACUCACCAUUAAGGGGCCAUCUCCCUGACACAGCACACAGAUAUGCCCUCAGGCACUUUCUCAGACCUGUCAAACUAUUAUGGAGAUUAUUCCAUACCCGUCUUCAAAUCCUAAAACACUUAAAGGUUGAGUAAGUUAUUUCAGAAGCUAGCAGAUUCAUUACUUACCAACGACAGCUGCAAAUUUCACUAAAACUACAUCACAUUUUGAAGUUCACUUUUCUUGCUUUGUCUAACAACACUUUCAUGAAUCUAGCAAAUACGUUUUGUGGUUCAGAGUGCAGUAUUUAUUUAGUUUCAUAGCGCAAACGUAUGCUAGCAAAUGGCUAUGAAAAAAUAGGAUUCCAGCUAAUAGGGAAAAGUAUGUAACAAAAUAACUAUAUUGAUCAAAAAUAUAAACGCAACAUGCAGCAAUUUCAAAGAUUUUACUGAGAUCAAAUCAAAUUUUAUUGGUCACACACAUAUUUAGUAGAUGUUAUUGCAGGUGUAGGGAAAUGCUUGUGUUCCUAGCUCCAACGGUGCAGUAGUAUCUAACAAUUCACAACAAUGCACACAAAUCUAAAAGUAAAAGAGUGGAAUUAAGAAAUAUAUAAAUAUUAGGACGAGCAAUGUCAGAGUGGCAUUGACUAAAAUACAGUAGAAUAGAAUACAGUAUAUACAGUGAGGGGAAAAAAGUAUUUGAUCCCCUGCUGAUUUUGUACGUUUGCCCACUGACAAAGAAAUGAUCAGUCUAUAAUUUUUAUGGUAGGUUUAUUUGAACAGUGAGAGAGAGAAUAACAACAACAAAAAAUGUCAAAAAUGUUAUAAAUUGAUUUGCAUUUUAAUGAGGGAAAUAAGUAUUUGACCCCUCUGCAAAACAUGACUUAGUACUUGGUGGCAAAACCCUUGUUGGCAAUCACAGAGGUCAGACGUUUCUUGUAGUUGUCCACCAGGUUUGCACACAUCUCAGGAGGGAUUUUGUCCCACUCCUCUUUGCAGAUCUUCUCCAAGUCAUUAAGGUUUCGAGCCUGACGUUUGGCAACUCAAACCUUCAGCUCCCUCCACAGAUUUUCUAUGGGAUUAAGGUCUGGAGACUGGCUAGGCCACUCCAGGACCUUAAUGUGCUUCUUCUUGAGCCACUCCUUUGUUGCCUUGGCUGUGUGUUUUGGGUCAUUGUCAUGCUGGAAUACCCAUCCACGACCCAUUUUCAAUGCCCUGGCUGAGGGAAGGAGGUUCUCACCCAAGAUUUGACGGUACAUGGCCCCGUCCUUCGUCCCUUUGAUGCGGUGAAGUUGUCCUGUCCCCUUAGCAGAAAAACACCCCCAAAGCAUAAUGUUUCCACCUCCAUGUUUGACGGUGGGGAUGGUGUUCUUGAGGUCAUAGGCAGCAUUCCUCCUCCUCCAAACACGGCGAGUUGAGUUGAUGCCAAAGAGCUCGAUUUUGGUCUCAUCUGACCACAACACUUUCACCCAGUUCUCCUCUGAAUCAUUCAGAUGUUCAUUGGCAAACUUCAGACGGCCCUGUAUAUGUGCUUUCUUGAGUAGGGGGACCUUGCGGGCGCUGCAGGAUUUCAGUCCUUCACGGCGUAGUGUGUUACCAAUUGUUUUCUUGGUGACUAUGGUCCCAGCUGUCUUGAGAUCAUUGACAAGAUCCUCCCGUGUAGUUCUGGGCUGAUUCCUCACCGUUCUCAUGAUCAUUGCAACUCCACGAGGUGAGAUCUUGCCUGGCGCCCCAGGCUGAGGGAGAUUGACAGUUAUUUUGUGUUUCUUCCAUUUGCGAAUAAUCGCACCAACUGUUGUCACCUUCUCACCAAGCUGCUUGGCGAUGGUCUUGUAGCCCAUUCCAGCCUUGUGUAGGUCUACAAUCUUGUCCCUGACAUCCUUGGAGAGCUCUUUGUUCUUGGCCAUGGUGGAGAGUUUGGAAUCUGAUUGAUUGAUUGCUUCUGUGGACAGGUGUCUUUUAUACAGGUAACAAGCUGAGAUUAGGAGCACUCCCUUUAAGAGUGUGCACCUAAUCUCAGCUCGUUACCUGUAUAAAAGACACCUGGGAGCCAGAAAUCUUUCUGAUUGAGAGGGGGUCAAAUACUUAUUUCCCUCAUUAAAAUGCAAAUCAAUUUAUAACAUUUUUGACAUGCGUUUUUCAGGAUUUUGUUGUUGUUAUUCUGUCUCUCACUGUUCAAAUAGACCUACCAAUAAAAUUAUAGACUGAUCAUUUCUUUGUCAGUGGGCAAACAUACAAAAUCAGCAGGGGAUCAAAUACUUUUUUCCCUCACUGUACAUAUGAAAUGAGUAAAGCAGUAUGUAAACAUUAUUAAAGUGACUAGUGUUCCAUUAUUAAAGUGACCAGUGAUUCCAUGUCUAUGUAUAUAGGGCAGCAGCCUCUAAGGUGCAGGGUUGAGUAACCGGGUGGAAGCCGGCUCCUGAGGUUGAAGAGGCACUGUUGCGCCUUCUUCACCACACUGUGUGGGUGGACCAUUUCAGAACUUUAAGCUUUUCACCUUCUCCACUGCGGUCCUGUCGAUGUGGAUAGGGGCACGCUCCCUCUGCUGUUUCCUGAAGUCCACGAUCAGCUCCUUCAUUUUGUUGACGUUGAGGGAGAGGUUAUUUUCCUGGCACCACUCCGCCAGGGCCCUCUCCUCCUCCCUGUAGGCUGUCUCGUCAUUGUUGGAGGGUACUAUGGUGUUGAAGGCUGAGCUAUAGUCAAUGAACAGCAUUCUUACAUACAGUUGAAUUCUGAGGUUUACAUACACCUUAGCCAAAUACAUUUAAACUCAGUUUUUCACAAUUCCUGACAUUUAAUCCUAGUAAAAAUUCCCUGUCUUAGGUCAGUUAGGAUCACCACUUUAUUUUAAGAACUUGAAAUGUCAGAAUAAUAGUAGAGAGAAUUAUUUAUUUCAGCUUUUAUUUAUUUCAUCACAUUCCCAGUGGGUCAGAAGUUUACAUACACUCAAUUAGUAUUUGGUAGCAUUGCCUUUAAAUUGUUUAACUUGAGUCAAAUGUUUCGGGUAGCCUUCCACAAGCUUUCCAAAAUAAGUUGGGUGAAUUUUGGCCCAUUCCUCCUGACAGAGCUGGUGUAACUGAGUCAGGUUUGUAGGCCUCCUUGUUCGCACACACUUUUUCAGUUCUGCCCACACAUUUUCUAUAGGAUUGAGGUCAGGGCUUUGUGAUGGCCACUCCAAUACCUUGACUUUGUUGUCCUUAAGCCAUUUUGCCACAACUUUGAAAGUAUGCUUGGGGUCAUUGUCCAUUUGGAAGACCCAUUUGCGACCAAGCUUUAACUUCCUGACUGAUGUCUUCAGAUGUUGCUUCAAUAUAUCCACAUAAUUUUCCUUCCUCAUGAUGCCAUCUAUUUUGUGAAAUGCACCAGUCCCUCCUGCAGCAAAGCACCCCCACAGCAUGAUGCUGCCACCCCCGUGCGUCACGAUUGGGAUGGUGUUCUUCGGCUUGCAAGGGCCCCCUUUUUCCUCCAAACAUAACGAUGGUCAUUAUAGCCAAACAGUUCUAUUUUUGUUUCAUCAGACCAGAGGACAUUUCUCCAAAAAGUACGAUCUUUGUCCCCAUGUGCAGUUGCAAACCGUAGUCUGGCUUUUUUAUGGCAGUUUUGGAGCAGUGGCUUCUUCCUUGCUGAGCGGCCUUUCAGGUUAUGUCGAUAUAGGACUCGUUUUACUGUGGAUAUAGAUACUUUUGUACCUGUUUCCUCCAGCAUCUUCACAAGGUCCUUUGCUGUUGUUCUGGGAUUGAUUUGCACUUUUCGCACCAAUGUACGUUCAUCUCUAGGAGACAGAACGCGUCUCCUUUCUGAGCGGUAUGACGGCUGUGUGGUCCCAUGGUGUUUAUACUUGCGUACUAUUGUUUGUACAGAUGAACGUGGUACCUUCAGGCGUUUGGAAAUUGCUCCCAAGGAUGAACCAGACUUGUGGAGGACUACAUUUUUUUUUCUGAGCCCUUGGCUGAUUUAUUUUGAUUUUCCCAUGAUGUCAAGCAAAGAGGCAUUGAGUUUAAAGGUAGGCCUUGAAAUACAUCCACAGGUACACCUCCAAUUGACUCAAAUGAUGUCAAUUAGUCUAUCAGAAGCUUCUAAAGCCAUGACUUCAUUUUCUGGAAUUUUCCAAGCUGUUUAAAGGCACAGUCAACUUAGUGUAUGUAAACUUCUGACCCACUGGAAUUGUGAUAUAAUGAAUUAUAAGUGAAAUAAUCCGUCUGUAAACAAUUGUUGGAAAAAUUACUUGUGUCAUGCACAAAGUAGAUGUCCUAACCGACUUGCCAAAACUAUAGUUUGUUAACAAGAAAUUUGGGGAGUGGUUGAAACAUGAGUUUUAAUGACUCCAACCUAAGUGUAUGUAAACUUCCGACUUCAGCUGUACGUGUGUUUGCUUUCCCCUCAAGUCUAUACAUUUUGAACCACCCACUGGUAAUGAUACCACAUACACUUCAAACUGCUUGUGUGUAUUCAGUAUAACAGACUGUCUAUGUAGAAACUCAAAGGGAAGGGAUCACUGUCGCUACCUCGCUUUCCAACCAAGGUGCAUGAAUUAAGGAGCAAACUGAAGGAGAGAGGAGAUUGGAGUUCUACUUUUAGCAAUAAAGAAGCUUUUUUAUUGAAUUCCAUUGUUCUCCAAGUGUUGCUGAAUCUCCUCUCCACUUAUGUAGAAACUCAAAACAGAAGUUUGUAAAAUAACCCCCCCCCCACACACACAGUUUUUAUUUUAAGCCAGUUUCACACAUUUCUCAGCUCGAUGGCAGGGAUGUGAGGAUGGCUAUAGGUGUCGUCUGCUGUUAUCUGAUAUGUGAGCAUGUGUGUGUGAUCACACCUAAUGUGAAGUCUCCCACUCUCUCUAUCGCAGACUCAUCAUCACCCAUUAACAGGACGAAUACUAAAAUAAGGAGAUGCAUGAUGCCGUGAUGAACUACAGCUGUGAGAACAGAGAGAGAGAGAGAGAGAGAGAGAGAGAAAGAGGGGGAGAGAGAGAAAGAGAGGGAGAGAGAGAAAUAGAGGGAGAGAGAGAAAUAGAGAGAGAGAGAUGAUAAUCUAAUUAAAACAGACUGAAAUCGAUGACAUCACUGUUACAGGUAUUAGAACACAAAAGUUGUCUUCCUGUAUAUGGGUACAGUCUGUGUGGAGUGGAAUUGACUAAAUGUGUUAGUAAAGUUGUUGUUUGCAACAAUGCUAUAGGAUGUUGUUGUUGUUUUAGUGGUGGGUUCAGAGGUCAAGGUUUUAAUCAGCGCUGACAUUUGCCUCUUUCCCCAUCUCCUCUCUCUCUCAGGCCAGUUACAUCCAUAUCGAUGGCAGUGUCCCCUCAGUAAUGACCACUCUCUCUCUCUUUCCCUCUCUCCCUCUCCCUCUCCCUCCCUCCCUCUCUCUCUCCCUCUCUCUCUCUCUCUCUCAGGCCAGUUACAUCCGUAUCGAUGGCAGUGUUCCGUCCUCAGAACGUAUCCACCUGGUUCACCAGUUCCAGAAUGACCCUGAGACCCGUGUGGCCGUCCUCAGCAUACAGGCUGCUGGGCAGGUACUGCAUGUACAGACCAUAGAAACAGUUAUGACAGAAUAGUCAUUAUAUUUCUAUGGUACAGACCCUCUACUGGUCAUCAGAAUACUGGGCAUAUACAUCCAACAUGUGUCCCAAUUCCAGUCCCAAAGUAACACUUUUUGACCUGUUCCAGUUUAUUUGUAAUAUGUAGUAAAUAGAUGAGAUCUUUCUUUCCAGAGCUCUCAUUAAAAACAGUAAAAAAAGUUCAGGACGUUCUUGACUAAUGGCCUAAACUCACUAAUGGCGUAUGUGUGAUUUAUUUUAGAAUGUGUUGUUUCGAAUUAUAACGACCCAGCCGAAGCGGGGCGUGCAGGUUGUCAGCUUUGAUGCCUUGCUCAAUUAGAACGUCUCUGUUCUGGUGUUUUAGCGCUGGCGCCGUAGUCACACAAAACAAUUUUUAAAAAAAUUAUUAGCUUAUUUUCUUUUGCCUCAUUUGUAUUGGAAGAUGUAGCUAAGGGUUGAGGCUUUACCAUACAUGCUAAAUUAGACCAAUUCAUCUACUUAUGGAAACACAACAUCGCUAUCAGCAAAGAUGAUUGGAGGUAUGCUCCUUUGUAGCUCGGUUGGUAGAGCUUGGCGCUUGUAACCGCGCUGGGUUUGAUUCCCAGAACCACCCAUAUGUCAAAUGUAUGCAUGCAUGACUUGGAGUAUCUUUGGAUAAAAGCGUCUUCUAAAUGGUAUAUAUUAUAAUAUUAUAUGUACUGUCCUGCUAGCAUACAGUCACUGCUCUGCCUGUCCCGUCCUUUUCACCCGCCUCGCUCUGCUUGCUCCGCCCGUCCGCUUAAGUGAGUGUGUGGUCUGUGGUGUCCAGGGCCUGACGUUCACAGCAGCCACUCACGUGGUGUUUGCUGAGCUGUACUGGAACCCUGGCCAUGUGAAGCAGGCUGAGGACCGGGCGCACCGCAUCGGACAGACCGCCUCCGUCCACGUGCACUACCUCAUCGCCAAGGGAACCUUCGACACCGUCAUGUGGGGCAUGCUAAACAGGAAGGUGUGUGUGUGCGCGUGCGUGCGUGUGUGUUUUAACAGGAAGGUAGGUACUUUUCAUAGAAAUAGAUUUACUAGAAGGGACAGGACAAAGCCCCCGAGACCACCUUGUCAAUUUGACUGGAACACAGUGGGUUGAAUGGCGGGGCGGGUACUCUCAAUAUAUCUGUCAUUCUAUGGGGUACUAAUAUCCACUGCAUGAACACCGUUUCCAGAGUAUUGGGUUUUAACCAAUAAAAUGUCUGGCAUCCUUCUUUAGCAAAAACCUUUUAGAGGGCAUUACAGAAGUAUCAGAGUGAUGUUGUUGUUGACCUUGGUGUUUAUUUGAUUGUUUAUUGAACUUGUUGUUGUUUAUUAUGCUGCAAAGAACAGAACAUGUUGGAUUCUUCAGUUUAGGAUCACAUUCAUUAGUGCACAGUGUAGCAAAACAAGUGUUUCUUAUUGGACAAGUUCUGAUUGCCCCUCCCCUCCCUGAUUUAGUCCAUUUUUUUCCAUUAAGUGCUUAAAGGGAAAAUCCAAACACUGUUUUUGCUUCUUGAAAGUCCAACAUAUUUUAUUUUUGAGUGGAGUUUUCCUGUUCGUGUUGUUCUGAUAUGAGACUGUGUGUUUGUGUGUGUGUUGUUGACAGGAAACGGUAACAGGCAGUACUCUGAACGGUAAGAAGGAGUACUUAAAGGCGGAGGUGGGGGAUAAGGACAAAUGGGACUUCCUGAACUUCGCAGAGGCGUGGACGCCAAGCGGGAUGACCCUGGCAGCAGGAGGACAGGUUGACAAUGACAAAGACCCUGUAUUCUUUAACCAUGUGAGUCACUGGUCUAGUGCAACAGAUCAGAUUAAUGAUAUGCUUUACAACAGAUCAGAUGAAUGACCUGCUUUACAACAGAUCAGAUGAAUGACAGGCUUUUACAACAGAUCAGAUGAAUGACCUGCUUUACACCAGAUCAGAUGAAUGACAGGCUUUUACAACAGAUCAGAUGAAUGACAUGCUUUUACAACAGAUCAGAUUAAUGACAUGCUUUACAACAGAUCAGAUUAAUGACAGGCUUUUACAACAGAUCAGAUGAAUGACAGGCUUUACAACAGAUCAGAUGAAUGACAUGCUUUACAACAGAUCAGAUGAAUGACAGGCUUUUACAACAGAUCAAAUGAAUGACAGGCUUUACAACAGAUCAGAUGAAUGACAGGCUUUACAACAGAUCAGAUGAAUGACAUGUUUUAUAACAGAUCAGAUGAAUGACAGGCUUUUACAACAGAUCAGAUGAAUGACAUGCUUUACAACAGAUCAGAUGAAUGACAGGCUUUACAACAGAUCAGAUUAAUGACAGGCUUUUACAACAGAUCAGAUGAAUAACAGGCUUUACAACAGAUCAGAUGAAUUACAUGUUUUAUAACAGAUCCGAUGAAUUACAUGCUUUACAACAGAUCAGAUUAAUGACAGGCUUUUACAACAGAUCAGAUGAAGAACAGGCUUUACAACAGAUCAGAUGAAUGACAGGCUUUUACAACAGAUCAGAUGAAUGACAUGCUUUUACAACAGAUCAGAUGAAUGACAGGCUUUUACAACAGAUCAGAUGAAUGACAUGCUUUACAACAGAUCAGAUGAAUGACAUGCUUUUACAACAGAUCAGAUGAAUGACAGGCUUUUACAACAGAUCAGAUGAAUGACAGGCUUUACAACAGAUCAGAUGAAUGACAUGCUUUACAACAGAUCAGAUGAAUGACAGGCUUUUACAACAGAUCAGAUGAAUGACAGGCUUUUACAACAGUCUUACCGUGACUCUGUCCCUCCUCUCUGCAGUUUGAGAAGGACAAACAGCACGACAUCCGUUCCUUCUUCUCUCCGGGUAUGGAGAAGAAGAGGAAGAGAACAGAGGAUGAGGUUUGCCAAUCCCCCGUUACCCCCACAGAGAAGGAGGGUUCUAUAGACUUGGAUGUGGAGAACCCAGAGAACGACAAGGAGAAAAACUCCCAAGAUCCCCCUGACCUCCAGGACCAGGACCUAGACUUCUCUCCCCAGGUGAAGAGGCUGCGGCUGCCCACCCCCACCCUCACCCCCAGCGCUACCCAGAGCCCCAGGUCUCGUCUUGGAGGGAAGAGGACGUCCCUCCCUGGGGGGGGGGGCACCAGCAGCAGCCCCCUGGCCCCUCUGUUUACCCCCCGUCGGCUCUCUGAGAAAGGGACCCCAAAACCCAGGUCGAGCCCAAGACCAGGAGCACCAGACCAGGGGAAGGAAGAGGAGUGGAGCUGUGGGGCCUGUACUUACUCCAACAGCAUCCUGCUCCCUUACUGUGAGGUGUGUGAGUCCCCACGCCCCAGGCCCAGCACUUGUGAGUACACACACACACACACACACACACACACACACACACGUUGGCAGGCGUAACAUACACCAAGUCAGAAAUAGACCAGCGUGACAACGUGUCUCUGCUAGAUGACAAUGAGGACAAGAGGAAGUAACACAACGUUCACCUGACUGUCAAGUGACAGACAGUCACAAGGCCUGCUCUCUUUGUGCCACGUGUCUCAAAGUUUAGAAAGUAAAGUUAAUGAAUUGGCUGGGCUGAAGUUAAAGUUCCUCAAGGCACUCUGGCUGACUGUCACUCUGUGGUGCUAUCAUAUAAGACUGGGAGAAGGAAGGUAACUUUCUCUCCUCAAACACAGACUCAGUUGGCAGUACCGGGGAAAAGUGGAGGGCGUAAAGAGGGGGGUGAGGGAGGGUUGAGAUCAGCCCUCAGUCUUUAAAGGAUUCACUGUUCUUCCAUCCAUCAUGACCGAGCAGCACAGGGAAUUCACACAGCAGCAUCCCUCCUGUCUGUCUCUCAGUAAUAAUAACCCAGAAUAACCCUGCUACCUGCCUGGGUUGGUGCACUGCAAGGCUGGGUUGGUGCUCUGUAAGGCUGGGUUGGUGCUCUGUAAGGCUGGUUUGGUGCUCUGUAAGGCUGGGUUGGUGCUCUGUAAGGCUGGGUUGGUGCUCUGUAAGGCUGGGUUGGUGCUCUGUAAGGCUGGGUUGGUGCUCUGUAAGGCUGGGUUGGUGCUCUGCAAGGCUGGGUUGGUGCUCUGUAAGGCUGGGUUGGUGCUCUGUAAGGCUGGGUUGGUGCUCUGCAAGGCUGGGUUGGUGCUCUGCAAGGCUGGGUUGGUGCUCUGCAAGGCUGGGUUGGUGCUCUGCAAGGCUGGGUUGGUGCUCUGCAAGGCUGGGUUGAUGCUCUGUAAGGCUGGGUUGGUGCUCUAUAAGGCUGGGUUGGUGCUCUAUAAGGCUGGGUUGGUGCUCUGUAAGGCUGGGUUGGUGCUCUGUCUGCCUGAGUAGGUGCUCUGUAAGGCUGGCUUGGUGCUCUGUAAGGCUGGGUUAGUGCUCUAUAAGGCUGGGUUGGUGCUCUGUAAGGCUGGGUUGGUGCUCUCGCUGCCUGAGUUGGUGCUCUGUAAGGCUGGGUUGGUGCUCUGUAAGGCUGGGUUGGUGCUCUGGCUGCCUGAGUUGGUGCUCUGUAAGGCUGGGUUGGUGCUCUGCAAGGCUGGGUUGAUGCUCUGUAAGGCUGGGUUGGUGCUCUGCAAGGCUGGGUUGGUGCUCUGCAAGGCUGGGUUGGUGCUCUGUAAGGCUGGGUUGGUGCUCUGUAAGGCUGGGUUGGUGCUCUGUAAGGCUGGGUUGGUGCUCUGUAAGGCUGGGUUGGUGCUCUGUAAGGCUGGGUUGGUGCUCUGUAAGGCUGACAGACAAUAGCGCUGGUGUAGGGGAUGUUAUACAGGCACCUGACUGUCUGUCAACACUAGAGGAGGGUUGUCUCAAUCAUAUAAAUAUAAUCACUAGAAAAUACAUUUUACUUCUAUGCUAGACUAGCUCGAUCUCAAUCAUCAAGGACCGAUCAAACACACCAUUACAAUUGUAUGUUUUUUGUCACACACACACACACACACACACAAUCCAUUAACAAAAUCUGCUCCAUUUCAUGCUUGACUGAGGUGCGUAAUGUUUGAUAUCUAAUCAGCAAACAAACACAGUUCUCUCAUGGUAUAGCUGACAGCACAGGCAGCAUGUUAGAAGGGGAAUUUACCAGGCCGUCAGAUCUGUAAUGACAACAGAGGCCGAGCAACAACUCUGAUGGUAUUAAGACUUCACAUCUCUCAAAACAUGACACUGUAAUCACUGUAACCAAACAGGAAAUGCAGAGAUAAUAAGCACUACUAUAUCACAGCAUUAGUAAAUAAAUGCAUAUUGCGUUCACAGACAUUGACAAAGAUCACUUUUUUAGAAUCGUCAGGAGAAUGUCUUGUUUGGCAGGCAGUAGUCUAGUCUGAGGAGAAUGUCUUGUUUGGCAGGCAGUAGUCUAGUCUGAGGAGAAUGUCUUGUUUGGCAGGCAGUAGUCUAGUCUGAGGAGAAUGUCUUGUUUGGCAGACAGUAGUCUAGUCUGAGGAGAAUGUCUUGUUUGGCAGGCAGUAGUCUAGUCUGAGGAGAAUGUCUUGUUUGGCAGGCAGUAGUCUAGUCUGAGGAGAAUGUCUUGUUUGGCAGGCAGUAGUCUAGUCUGAGGAGACUGUCUUGUUUGGCAGGCAGUAGUCUAGUCUGAGGAGAAUGUCUUGUUUGGCAGACAGUAGUCUAGUCUGAGGAGAAUGUCUUGUUUGGCAGACAGUAGUCUAGUCUGAGGAGAAUGUCUUGUUUGGCAGACAGUAGACUAGUCUGAGGAGAAUGUCUUGUUUGGCAGGCAGUAGUCUAGUCUGAGGAGAAUGUCUUGUUUGGCAGACAGUAGUCUAGUCUGAGGAGAAUGUCUUGUUUGGCAGGCAGUAGACUAGUCUGAGGAGAAUGUCUUGUUUGGCAGACAGUAGACUAGUCUGAGGAGAAUGUCUUGUUUGGCAGGCAGUAGUCUAGUCUGAGGAGAAUGUCUUGUUUGGCAGACAGUAGUCUAGUCUGAGGAGAAUGUCUUGUUUGGCAGGCAGUAGUCUAGUCUGAGGAGAAUGUCUUGUUUGGCAGGCAGUAGUCUAGUCUGAGGAGAAUGUCUUGUUUGGCAGACAGUAGUCUAGUCUGAGGAGAAUGUCUUGUUUGGCAGGCAGUAGUCUAGUCUGAGGAGAAUGUCUUGUUUGGCAGGCAGUAGUCUAGUCUGAGGAGAAUGUCUUGUUUGGCAGACAGUAGACUAGUCUGAGGAGAAUGUCUUGUUUGGCAGGCAGUAGUCUAGUCUGAGGAGAAUGUCUUGUUUGGCAGGCAGUAGUCUAGUCUGAGGAGAAUGUCUUGUUUGGCAGACAGUAGUCUAGUCUGAGGAGAAUGUCUUGUUUGGCAGGCAGUAGACUAGUCUGAGGAGAAUGUCUUGUUUGGCAGACAGUAGACUAGUCUGAGGAGAAUGUCUUGUUUGGCAGGCAGUAGUCUAGUCUGAGGAGAAUGUCUUGUUUGGCAGACAGUAGUCUAGUCUGAGGAGAAUGUCUUGUUUGGCAGGCAGUAGUCUAGUCUGAGGAGAAUGUCUUGUUUGGCAGACAGUAGACUAGUCUGAGGAGAAUUGAGCUGCAGUCUCUUGUCCCCUCAGCUCGUUAAUUGUAGGGGCUCGGAGUCGGGGCGCUGGUAAAUUCAGGUGACAUUUGAGAAAAUCUAUAAGAGGGUGGCCUUUCAGAAACACACCUCACAAUGGAAACAUCGUGAAUUAGUCUAUUAGAAGUUAGUUCUUCCACUGUUCUGCGACGUCCACAAACCCAACAAAAUAAAACAAUUUCAGGAUGUCGCAAUUUAUCCAAAGAUUGCCCACAGAUUAACUUUGAGUUGAGAAUCAGUUACAUAUUGAUGUCUAGUUUUCACCGCGUGUCACCAAGUCACAAGUAUUCCACACUGUCUGAGCAGAAUGACAAGAAUCUGUCUCUCUCAACAAGCAGCUGCUCACAUUUGAAUUCAAGCAUUAUUUUUGUGACUGUGUGAAGCAUUGCGUCUCUGCUCCCCUAACAGUUCUUUGGACUACUUACUGUAAUCUUGGCCUAUGUACAUUUCACUGAACACAACUGUAUAAAUCUAAUCUGUGUAGUUUUCCAUGUGUUAUACACUGAUAUGAACUGCUAGGCUACAUGUCAAUCUAUAAAGGACCUUGUUGUGUUUUCUCUUUUCCACCUCUCAGCUCCACACUCACAGUCUACAGGUUCACAUGCUGUGUCCCCAGGCUCCAGGCGUGAUCAGUCCACCCCUAGAGAACACCCCUGGAUCAUCCUCUCUGGGUCAGACAGCGAGCAGGAGGACACCCCCUGUCCUGGUCCUGCCUCUCUCAGUACAACUGUACCACAGACAGACGGUCAACAGAGAGAUCAGGAGGAGGAGAGACAGACAGACGGUCAACAGAGAGAUCAGGAGGAGGAGAGACAGACAGACAGUCAACAGAGAGAUCAGGAGGAGGAGAGACAGACAGACAGUCAACAGAGAGAUCAGGAGGAGGAGAGACAGACAGACAGUCAACAGAGAGAUCAGGAGGAGGAGAGGCUCAAAGGCAAACAAUCACCAGUAGAGAACCAGUCAGCCCCUCAUGAUCACACUGAUGGUAAUCCAACUUUAAUCUUCCCUUUCCUCCUUCCCUCCUUCCCUUUUGUCUUUUCCUCUGGGGGAUAUUGUCUGGGGUGAAUAGUUACCCAGAUGGUAUAAUGCUGUAAUGAUAUCGAUCACUCUGAGGUAAUCAUCAAUAUGCUGCCUCCCUCCCAUGUGUGGCGAAUGGGUAAGGGGGUGUGUGAUGCAUAUUACUAUCAUUAUUAUUAUUAUUAUAUUAUUAUUAUUAUUAUUAUUGUUGUUGUUAUUGUAGUAGAGGAUAUUGCCUGUUUAUUCUCUUCACAGCAUGCCAUAUGGGAUUCAACUGGCUCUGAAGUAUAGGUUCAUGGAAUUGAUUUUAUUUUAUGUGUAUUUUGCAUUUUUUCAUUGCUUUUUAAUUACUCUGAAAACAGAAGUGAAUUUAUUCAAUAACUCUGUAAGAAGAAGACGUUUCUACUGUAUGUAUGUGUCAGGAGGAGUCAUAUUAUCGCCCCUCGCCAGCCUGUCUGUCUGUCUGUCAGUACAUUAAUUAACACCCUCAACAGCAUCAACCAGAUCCAAACACCCCUGCAUGCUUUCAUCCAGAGUCAUCAAAACACAUCACACAUUCUGAUCCAGAAAUAUGUCCAGAUCCUGCCUCGUCUUGUCUUUCCCAUUGUGGACAAUGAAUGGCAGCUAAUGGCCUUGUGUCAUGUCACUCACUUCUGAUGGUGAUGUGACACUAGUGGCUGGGUGUUCUAUUUACAGACAGCCAUUCCUCAGUCUCAGGGUUAAUGUGGAACAGUGCAGUGGACCAAUAAAAGUGACCUAUGAGAGAGGGAGAGAGAGAUAAUGAAUUCUAGACGACAGAGAGGCAUUAGAUUCUAGAAGACUAGACAAGGUGACUCAGACCAAUUAGACCAAGGAGGACUGUGGAAUGACAAGUUAACUCCCUGAGGUCUACUGUGGGCAGCUAGCGUUCAUAUUCUGUGCAGUGACAUCCUAAUAAGAGUACUUUGUAAGAUGAAUUACCCCAGUCUUAUAAACCGCCCCAUUUUAAUGCAGUAUUCACAUCACACCAAAUUCAGUUAGAACUAAAAUAGCAACAAUAUACUGUCGCCCACCUACAUAGACAUCCUAUCUAUUCUAACUAAGGCUCCUGUGUACUGUGGAGGUCCCUCCUAGAUGGAUUAUAGAGUCUAAUUUCCACCAAUGUACCUUUUCUUGCAGGCGUUGCCAUCAUUCGGGAGCCUCACCCCUAGACCGUAAUGACCUUUCUUUUCUCUCCCUCUCUCCCUCCCUGCAGCCCAGACAGACAGUGUAUCUAGUCCUGCUGAUGAUGAGGACACUAUGGCCAGUCUCCCCCUGUACCCCAACAUGAAGUUCUGCGCCAGCAAGAACACUGACCGUAUCUAUCUUUACUCCAAGGUACAUGACGGUGCUUCUACUCUGUACUCAACACUACUCCUCCUCCUUCUUCUUCUCCUUCUCCUCCUUCCUCCUCUUCCUCCUCCUCUUCCUUCCCCUCUCUCCUCCUCCUCCUUCCCCUCUCUCCUCCUCUUCCUCCUCCUCCUCCUUCCCCUCCUAUUCCUCCUCCUCCUGCUCCUUCAUCUGCCAUCUUUCCUUUAAUACCUGGAGUCUAACAUGUCUUUGAUAUGAGUGACCAAUUGAAAUGUUAAUGGGAUAUUUUCUGUGACAGACCUCUUAUGUACCAUCAAAGGAUAAGCAUCUAUCUACCUUCUUCAACAUAAUAAUACCCUUUUAAGGCAUAAAUCAGAUGUGGUUUACCCUUUUAAAUCAUGUCCGAGUUGCUUAAUCCACAUUAUUCAGAAAUUGAUUUAAUCAACAGCGAAAUGUAAAGUAUUACGUAUGAGGAAUUGGCCGUCAAAUGUCUUUUUAAAAUAGGUUGCGAUGCCCAGUUGAAGUGUGUGAAUGUGUUUUAAGCUGUCUAAUUUAUUCUCUCUUCAUCAGGAGGACAGUCCACUGCACUGGAACUUCAUUCCUCUGGACAUCAAACUGGACAGCUGGGAGGACCUACCUGAAGCCUUCAGACGCAGAGAGAACAGGACACAGGUCGGUUUGUUUGACCUGCAAGUAGACAACACUGUAGUCUAGUCACUACAGGGAAGCUGUCACCUAGAGGGAGACAUCACUGUAGUCACUACAGGGAAGCUGUCACCUAGAGGGAGACAUCACUGUAGUCACUACAGGGAAGCUGUCACCUAGAGGGAGACAUCACUGUAGUCACUACAGGGAAGCUGUCACCUAGAGGGAGACAUCACUGUAGUGACUACAGGGAAGCUGUCACCUAGAGGGAGACAUCACUGUAGUCACUACAGGGAAGCUGUCACCUAGAGGAGACAUCACUGUAGUCACUACAGGGAAGCUGUCACUAGAGGGAACAUCCACUUAGUGACUACAGGGGGAAGCUGUCACCUAGAGGGAGACAUCACUGUAGUCACUACAGGGAAGCUGUCACCUAGAGGGAGACAUCACUGUAGUCACUAACAGGGAAGCUGUCACCUAGAAGGAGACAUCACUGUAGUCACUACAGGGAAGCUGUCAACCUAGAGGGAGACAUUCACUGUAGUUGACUACAGGGAAGCUGUCACCUAGAGGGAGGACAUCACUGUAGUCACUACAGGGAAGCUGUCACCUAGAGGGAGACAUCACUGUAGUCACUACAGGGAAGCUGUCACCUAGAGGGAGACAUCACUGUAGUCACUACAGGGAAGCUGUCACCUAGAGGGAGACAUCACUGUAGUCACUACAGGGAAGCUGUCACCUAGAGGGAGACAUCACUGUAGUCACUACAGGGAAGCUGUCACCUAGAGGGAGACAUUUAAAGGUACAGUCAUUUAAAGGUACUGUUCAAUGGUCAUUUCAUUUACUGUGGCUGCCGUUUGGCUAUAAAACAAAUUACAGAUUGUGUCUUUGUUUAACUGCUUUAAUGUGGUGUUGAUGUGACUCCCUCUGUGUGGGUCAGAUCUUGAGGUUUGUGCAGCAGUGGAGCACUCUGACAGCCAUGAAGCAGAGAUUGAUCCGCCGCAGUGGUCUCCUGUUCUGCAGCCCAGUCCUGGCCCUGGACGAGCUGACCAGCACCCAGCGCAAACACAGCAGCACCAAGAGGUAGGUGGGGGGGGGGGAUUGGACCUAUCCUAUGUCUCCAUCCUCCAAGAGGUAGGUGGGGGGGAGGGAUUGGACCUAUCCGAUGUCUCCAUCCUCCAAGAGGUAGGUGGGGGGGAGGGAUUGGACCUAUCCUAUGUCUCCAUCCUCCUGUGUUGGUGCCCGGGCAGCAUCAGCUAAUCACUGAUUAAUCCAGGUUCAUGUGGGGGUGUCUCAAGAGCCAAUCACAGUGGACGUAGGAGGAAAUCUGACUCUGCAAACCACUGAUUUGACAGAAUGUGGGAUUUAUUCUCUAAUCAAGGCCAAUCAAGGUUUACCCCAUUGACUGCACAUCAAGCUGAUUUCCAAAGAUGAUAUGUUGGUUAAAGACUUCAUGCUGAGAAAGUAUGGUAGAAACGAAGUCCAACUGGGAACCCUGGUUCCUACAGAGGUAGAGAUUCACUCUGUGACUGAGCUAAUACAAUACAGGAGUAAGGAGAUGGAUGGGAAGGUGAUUAUCUUGUAGUACGGAGAUGGAUGAGAAGGUGGAUCUUGUAGAAGGAGCGGUGAGAGGUGAUUAUCUUGUAGUAAGGAGCUGUGUGAGAAGGGGAUAUCUUUGUAGAGUAAUGAGUGGAUGAGAAGGUGAUUAUCUUGUAGUAAGGAGCUGGAUGAGAAGAGAUUAUCUUGUAGUAAGGAGAUGGAUGAAGGCGAUUAUCUUGUAGUAAGAGCUGGAUGAGAAGGUGAUUAUCUUGUAGUAAGGAGCUGGAUGAGAACGGGAUUAUCUUGUAGUAAGGAGCUGGAUGAGAAGGUGAUUAUCCUGUAGUAAGGAGCUGGAUGAGAAGGUGAUUAUCUUGCAGUAAGGAGUGGAUGAGAAGGUGAUUAUCUUGUAGUAAGGAGCUGGAUGAGAAGGUGAUUAUCUUGUAAUAAGGAGCUGGAUGAGAAGGUGAUUAUCCUGUAGUAAGGAGCUGGAUGAGAAGGUGAUUAUCUUGUAAUAAGGAGCUGGAUGAGAAGGUGAUUAUCUUGUUGUAAGGAGCUGGUUGAGAAGGCGAUUAUCCUGUAGUAAGGAGCUGGAUGAGAAGGUGAUUAUCCUGUAGUAAGGAGCUGGAUGAGAAGGUGAUUAUCUUGUUGUAAGGAGCUGGUUGAGAAGGCGAUUAUCCUGUAGUCAGUUAGACUCUGCUGUAGUGCUGUGCUGGGUUAUCCUAAAGGAUCAGGGCUGUAUUCACAAAGAGAGUCCGAGUAGGAGUGCUGCUGAUAUAGGAUCAGUUUAGCCUUUUAGACACACACACACACACACACACACACACACACACACACACACACACACACACACCCCUCCGCCCCACACCUCUCAGUACUACUGUCAGUUGGACCUAGCUUUCAUGUCUUUUCAUCCAGCCUCUCUAUACUGCGCUGUUUGAAGCCCAAGAGUCCCCUCUCCCCUUCUCUCUUUCAUGCAGAUCUGCCCCUUCCUCUCUUCUUCCUCCUCCUCCUUUCUUCAAGAUUCCUCCUCUUUGAUGUGUCCCCAUCCUCCUUCCUCCCCUCAUCCAGGUAUCUGACCAUACUCUUCCUCUCCUCCUCCUUCCUCCCCUCAUCCAGGUAUCUGACCAUACUCUUCCUCUCCUCCUUCUCUUCCUCCCCUCAUCCAGGUAUCUGACCAUACUCUUCCUCUCCUCCUCCUUCUUCCCCUCAUCCAGGUAUCUGACCAUACUCUUCCUCUCCUCCUUCUUCCCCUCAUCCAGCUAUCUGACCAUACUCUUCCUCUCCUCCUUCCUCCCCUCAUCCAGGUAUCUGACCAUACUCUUCCUCUCCUCCCUUCUUCCCCUCAUCCAGCUAUCUGACCAUACUCUUCCUCUCCUCCUCUUCCUCCCUCAUCCAGGUAUCUGACCAUACUCUUCCUCUCCUCCUUCCUCCCCUCAUCCAGGUAUCUGACCAUACUCUUCCUCUCCUCCUCCUUCCUCCCCUCAUCCAGGUAUCUGACCAUACUCUUCCUCUCCUCCUCCUUCCUCCCCUCAUCCAGGUAUCUGACCAUACUCUUCCUCUCCUCCUCCUUCCUCCCCUCAUCCAGGUAUCUGACCAUACCUUCCUCCUCUCUCUCCCCAUCCAGUAUCUGACCAUACCUCUCUCCUCCUCCCCUCAUCCAGGUAUGACCAUACUCUUCCUCUUCCUCCUUCCUCCCCUCAUCCAGGUACUACCAUACUCUUCCUCCCCUCAUCCAGGUACCUAACCAUACUCUUCCUCCCCUCAUCCAGGUACCUAACCAUACUCUUCCUCCCCUCAUCCAGGUACCUAACCAAAGAAGACGUGUCCCAGGCCUCUCUCAGUAAGGCCCAGUGUGAUGGAGGAACUGUCCGCAUGGUCAACAAGGAGAGCUUCUUCACCAAGAGGAGAUCUACCUCUAUCUCGCUACCCAACACCUCUACCACCGUCCCAGUGAAGUAGGUCUGCAGUCUCCUAUAGUCAUAGCAACACUAGUUCAUGUUGUAAAACUUUCUCCUCGACAUUGGAAUUAUAUUACAUUGAAAGACCACUGUAUGUCCUGUCUGCACAAUUGUGUUCAAUACCCAAGGAACUAAAUGUGUCCUCAGUUGACAUUUAGGUGGUUGAAGUAAGUCUGUGUUUUCGUGGGUUUCGCCAGUGAGGCUCAAUGAACUCUUGUCUAUGUCUUCUGAGACUGUAUGUCCUGGCCUUUACAUGAUGCUGUGGGACCAGUGAGUGUUUAGCACAGAGGGACCAGGCUAUAAUCCACUGUUUUAGAGGCAAGGGACCGACGGCUUGGUGGAUAGAUGGAGCACAUCGCUAUGGCAACCACCACAGGGACUGGCUCUUUCUCUCUCACCCAGCGAGUCUUGCUGAUUGGUUGAGGACCAUCGGGGGCGCUCCAGAGAGCCGUGUCCCAUCUGUUCCCUAAUAUGUCAACGGGCAGUACCCUGGUGGAACACUGUAGUACACACACACUGUGGCAGUGGUCCAGGCUCCCCUUCCUCUCCCUCUGCCUCUCCAGCCAGGAGGAGGGCACACACCGCUAACAACCAUAUGUCCCAGCUCCCAAAAGCCUGCUUAGAUGUAGAUGUUCCUAUUGAAUUAAUGCAUUGUAACUGUAUAGUAAUAUACACUGGUUGAAUCAACGUUGUUUCAAAGAAAUUACAUUAAACCAAGGUGGAAUUGACGUCUGUGCCCAGUGGGUUAAUACUGUUUAUUCACUUGUUGGGCAGUUGACUGACAUGCGCUCUAUCUCUCUCUCUCUCUCUCUCUCUCUCUCUCUGUCUCUCUGUCUCUCUCUCUGUCUGUCUCUCUCCUCCCCCCAGGACAUCUGAGGUGCACCCAGAGCCUCCUGUUGGUCCUCCUGAGGGUCCGUCAGAGGCUGAAGCUGGGUACCUGCAGGCGGUGGACAGUGAAGGUCGGCCCCUGUGCCUGUCCUGCCAUAAGGCCUGUGGGUCCACCGGAGGGGCCUGGGACACCCGCUUCUGUAGCCAAAAGUAAGUAGCAGCAUUAGUAAAGCCAAGUUAACAGGUCAGUGAUGUUGUAUAUCCUAGCAGGCCUACUGUCUUCCUUUAUUAAAGCUCUACAAACUAAAUGUUUCCUCAUGGGGGAAAAUAAAGUAGUUCUGUUCUACUUCAUCUAUCCUAUCAAAGGUGUCAAGAGGAGUUCCAGCUGCGCUCCAGCCAGGCCUAUAUGCGUGCCCGGGUACUGCAGACGGAGCAGGGGGUGUGUCAGAGCUGCGGCCUGCAAGCCCACCAGCUGUACCUGAAGGUCCGCGACGCCCCGCCCACACACAGGAAGGAGAUGCUAGAGAACACCUGGCUGGCCCAGCUGUCACUCAAACAGGUUGGUUGGUUUGGAUCUCUUUAGCCCCCAACAGGUGAGUGAUGCAGAGAGGGACCUAGGACCGUUCCAUUACUGUGUUUGGGGUCUGACCUACACUACCUGACCUCUCUUAGCCAGGAUACAAUCUUCUACAUCACUUAAUGUGCCCUUUACCGAAAUUAGCUUUUUAAGCUUCACAAAUCUACACAGACACAGAGAAUAGAUAAGUACAGGAGUGUAAAAGUCCCACUAUUGAUGUGGGCUAAUUUUCAACUGGAUUUAUCAAAACGCAGCAUAAUCUCUCUCUUCUCAAAUUAGCAUAUCACAUUAAUGAAGUUCUACAGAAAACACUCAACUGAAAUGUAUAGUACCCAUUUGGACAAUUUUAGCCACUUAUUAUAUAAAUCAGUGUGUAGCGUUGAGAACAGAAGGGUUGCACCUGUUCCAACCAUCUGGGGAGAGACGAAAGGCUUUAGUAUAUUAUAUUAUACAAUGGGAGAGAGAGAGAAGAGGAGAAAGAGAGGGAAAGAGAGGGAAUCAGUCCUCUCUACUGCUGACUGACACACUGCUCAAGGGGGUUACAACAACACCAACACCUUCUAUCUUCCCUGGAAUCUGCUGCUUUGUGCUGGGGGAAGAUGAACUAUUAGAUAUGUGGGUGGAGGGCGUGUGUGGAAGGGGUGUGUGUGGAGGGGGUGUGUGUGUGGGUGGAGGGUGUGUGUGUGGAGGGGGUGUGUGUGUGUGUGUGUGGAGGGGGUGUGUGUGUGGGUGGAGGGGGUGUGAGGGUGGGUGGAGGGGGUGUGUGUGUGGGUGGAGGGGGUGUGGGUGGAGGGGGUGUGUGUGUGUGUGUGGAGGGGGUGUGUGUGUGUGGAGGGGGUGUGUGGGUGGGUGGAGGGGGUGUGUGUGUGUGGAGGGGGUGUGGGUGGAGAGGGUGUACUGUACUGUAGACACACAAGGUCCUCUCUCAGCCUGUGUGUGUGUCUGUCUUCCUCUUUAUCAGCUCACAGUAAAUAGAUUGUCCAGGACUGUCAGAUCCUCCAUUGAUUUCUCCCACAGCUCAGCCAAGAGCCUGAUUGAUUGGCUCUGCCAUUUCUACUGUAAAGACCUAACGAGUACCUUCUCUCUCACAGAUCAAUGGCUGGAUUUGGCCUAACACUAACAGGGCCUCUGUACUGCACAAAACCACCAAGAACAACUGCCGAUAAUACAAUGUAUUGGUGCGGUGUAUAGGAGGGCUGAGGACUCAAGGUCCAGUAGCAGUAGGGGUAUGCAGGCAGUGAAUGUCCUGUGGGGCGGUAGUAGUGGCGGAACAGAACUGGCUCCUGAGUACAGCAUUGCUUUUCUUCUUCUGUGGGUAUGUAAACCCCCCCCGCCGGUUCUCUUGUGGCUAUUGAUGGGAGAGCGCUACUCUAGCUACCGCUUCUACCCAGGAAUGGAGAUUGAUUUCUGGGCUGAAUCGUUCCCUUCCCUGGCUCUUUCCACAUAAAAUGGAGAAAAGGAAAGGCUUAGCUUCAAAUUGAAAAUGCCUCCAUUUUGGUUCUAGUGUUCCCCAGCUCCCGGCCAUAGAACUAGAAUUACAGGCGUUUGAUUUCCUACCUGUUCCCAGAGUCCCCAGCUCAUUCUCUUACAUUAGAGCCUUGUCAUUCUCACUCAGCAGCCCCUGUGUCUAAAGAGCAGCCCCGGUGUCUGAAGAGAGACAGACAGACACAGACAAACAGCCAGUCCGAGGAAAUGUGAUUCUGGGAAGGCUGGCACCAUGCUAUUAUGAAAAACGCAUGGACAAAACUCACAGGGGAUUUUACGAAUAUUUCUUACACCAAAUUGUUUGUUUACAAUUUGGCGGGGGGGGGGGGGGGGGGAUUGUACUAACCCUUUACUUAGAAAUGUAUUUAUUACAGUUUUCUGUGUUGUGUCCAGCUGAAUGAGAUGAUCCGUGCCCCCGUGGAGGGUCAGUUCUGGCAGGUGGACCACAUCCGUCCCGUCUACAGUGGAGGAGGACAGUGUUCCCUGGACAACCUACAAACACUCUGCACCAUCUGCCACAGAACCGUAAGAGUCCAGUACACACACACACACACACACACACUGUGCGUAUGCACACACACUCCAUCACACACACAGUGUUCAUUGGACAAACCGCACCGUCUGCCAUGUAACCACAAGGGACCUGGUCCACUCUGGUCCCCACUCCUUGUGUUCACAUACACACUCUGUUCCCCACUCUGGUCCACUCUGUUCCCCACUCUGGUCCACUCUGGUCCCCACUCUGUUCCCCACUCUGGUCCCCACUCUGGUCCACUCUGUUCCCCACUCUGGUCCCCACUCUGGUCCACUCUGUUCCCCACUCUGGUCCACUCUGUUCCCCACUCUGUUCUACACUCUGUUCCCCACUCUGGUCCCCACUCUGGUCCACUCUGUUCCCCACUCUGGUCCACUCUGUUCCCCACUCUGUUCCCCACUCUGGUCCACUCUGUUCCCCACUCUGGUCCCCACUCUGGUCCACUCUGUUCCCCACUCUGGUCCACUCUGGUCCCCACUCUGGUCCACUCUGUCCCCACUCUGGUCCACUCUGUUCCCCACUCUGGUCCACUCUGUUCCCCACUCUGGUCCCCACUCUGUUCCCCACUCUGGUCCCCCACUCUGGUCCACUCUGUUCCCCACUCUGGUCCCCACUCUGGUCCACUCUGUUCCCCACUCUGGUCCACUCUGUUCCCCACUCUGGUCCCCACUCUGGUCCCCUCUGUUCCCCACUCUGGUCCACUCUGUUCCCCACUCUGGUCCCCUCUGUUCCCCACUCUGGUCCACUCUGUUCCCCACUCUGGUCCACUCUGUUCCCCACUCUGGUCCACUCUGUUCCCCACUCUGGUCCCCUCUCUUCCAUCUGUUCACAUACACACUCUGGUCCACUCUGGUCCGCUCUGGUCCACUCAGGUCCCCUCUGGUCCACUCAGGUCCACUCUGGUCCACUCAGGUCCCCUCUGGUCCACUCUGGUCCACUCAGGUCCGCUCUGGUCCACUCUGGUCCGCUCUGGUCCCCUCUGGUCCGCUCUGGUCCACUCAGGUCCACUCUGGUCCACUCAGGUCCCCUCUGGUCCACUCUGGUCCACUCUGGUCCCCACUCCUCCUUGUGUUCUUAUACACACUCAGUCCCACAUGGUGCUUCAUUACAACCAAGCCAUAUGCCCUCUCAAACCACCACCAUGUUAUAAUAUAAUACACCACCAUGUUAUAAUAUAAUACCAUGUUAUAAUAUAAUACCAUGUUAUAAUAUAAUACCAUGUUAUAAUAUAAUACCAUGUUAUAAUAUAAUACACCACCAUGUUAUAAUAUAAUACACCACCAUGUUAUAAUAUAAUACCAUGUUAUAAUAUAAUACCAUGUUAUAAUAUAAUACACCACCAUGUUAUAAUAUAAUACCAUGUUAUAAUAUAAUACCAUGUUAUAAUAUAAUACACCACCAUGUUAUAAUAUAAUACCAUGUUAUAAUAUAAUACACCACCAUGUUAUAAUAUAAUACCAUGUUAUAAUAUAAUACACCACCAUGUUAUAAUAUAAUACCAUGUUAUAUAAUACACCACCAUGUUAUAAUAUAAUACCAUGUUAUAAUACACCACCAUGUUAUAUAAUACCAUGUUAUAAUAUAAUACACCACCAUGUUAUAAUAUAAUACCAUGUUAUAAUAUAAUACCAUGUUAUAAUAUAAUACAACACCAUGUGAUAAUAUAAUACCAUGUUAUAUAAUACACCACCAUGUUAUAAUAUAAUACCCAGUUUGUUAUAAUACACCACCAUGUUUCAUAAAUUACAGGGUAUAAUACACCCCCAUGUUAUAAUAGAACGAUGUUAUAAUAAUACACCACCAUGUUAUAAUACACCACAAUGUGUAUAAUAUAAUACCACCAGUUAUAAUUAAUACCCACCAUGUCUAUAAUAUAAUACCAUGUUAUAAUAUAAUACACCACCAUGUUAUAAUAUAAUACCAUGUUAUAAUAUAAUACACCACCAUGUUAUAAUACAACACCAGUCAGUGUAUAUCAGAUCAGAUUAUUGAUGUCAGUAUGCUGUUUGUUUUACAGAGGACAAAUCAGCAAGCCAAAGACAGAAGCCAGAAGAAGAAAGGACUGGCAGCCUCCAAGGUGGCUUCAGACAUCACUCGCUUCUUCAUAAAGAAA